AUGAAGUCUACAGCAGCAAGGGAGAUGAGACAGGUUUUGGAUGGACUGACUGAUUUUGCUCGGCGAAUGAGAGAACUUGGUCAAGAAAGGGAAUUGGAUUCAUUCAUGACAAUUGAAAUUGCCAGCAGAAAAGAUCGAUUCUGGAAUUUAUUACGAAUAUAUGCGGCAAUCAAAAUGUCUAAUCAGACAUUAGCAGAGUUGAUUACAUAUCUACGGAGAGAAACAGAAGCUAGAGAGCGUCGAGAACAUCCCCAUUCCCUGAGUGAUAAUACUAACAAGUCAGCUGUAAACUAUUUUAGAGACAAAAGCUCAGAAUGUGAUGAAUCCUUGGCUACAUUGGUUGAUGAUGGGAGGGCUUGCCCCUUUUGCAUAGAUAAAACUCAUUUGAUCAUUAAAUGUCCUAUCUUUAUAUCAAAAACCAAGGAAGAAAGACGAAGGAUGAUUGUGAGCAGUAAGAGAUGUUUCUUUUGUCUUAGAGCCAACCACAACGCAAUCAAUUGUACACGCCCGGAUAAGAAACGCUGUGUAGAUUGCCAACUUUAUCAUCAUCGAUUUGUAGCCUGCCCACCAUACGGAAAUAAAGUACAGCCAAGGACUUUUUCUGGGUUGGAAAGUUUACGGGCGGGAGGUACUUCUACUUUGAACGCGAAUCUAACUCUGUCGGGAAGUGCUUCUGAGUGUAACAUUGGUCGUGCACGGGAGGUUGCUUCAGAUGCAGAUGCAACAUUCAACACAGUAGGGACCCUGAACUCAAGCCAGGAAGGAAAAAUUCAUCGACGCUACUCCCCUACAACGUAUGUAGAACUGCAAGAUGUUGAGAAAAAAUGGCAUCGCGUGGUUGCAUUUAUUGAUACAGGUGCUGAUACAACAUUGCUUAAGUUAUCCACAGCCAAGCAUUUUGGCUUGCAAGGUGAACCAUUCAAGUUUCGAUAUGGAGUAGCUGGAGGAGGCAUUGCUGAGGAAAGCAGUGCCAAGUUUUCUAUCCAAAUUAGACCGGUGAAUGGAAUUAAGUCAUACAAUGUAAUUGCAAUUGGAAUUGAGAAACCAGCCCAUAACAGUCCUGCAGUUGGAGGGGAUAUUUUUGACGAGUAUCCUCAUCUGAACGCUGCCAAGGGAACGUUACCCACAGAUGAAGCAGAAAUUGAUAUCAUCAUUGGUUAUGACUAUUAUUUCCUUACAAUGCCAGUUGAGAGCGUAAAAGACUCUGUGUCUCCUGAAUCGUCUCCAGUUGCCGUCAGAAGUAUCUUGGGGUGGACCAUUUUUGGAGGGAAUAUUCCAAAACCCAAACCACAUGCUGCAUCCAGGGUCCAGUUUUUGAAUCAUUUGGAGGAUUUGCAGAAAUUAUAUACAUCUGAUGUUGUUGGUGUCAAACCAACAACAUUGUGUGUUUGCUCAGAUAAGGAAAUAGCAGAGUCUCAGUUCAUAAAACAUUGUCGAAAUAAGCUUUGCAUUAAUGCGGAUGGUCGCAUGACUGUGGAAAUGCCUUGGAAGCCUGGUUUCCCUGAAGCAUUGGAGUGUAACAAGCCUCAAGCAGAAAUAAGACUUAUGAGCCAAGAAAAAAGAUUAAUUAAGAAUGGAACCUUUGAUGAAUAUAGCGAAGAAAUCCAGAAAUUAAUUGACAGUUGCUUUGUCAGAGAAUUAUAUCCAGAGGAAUCCAGAGAUGAGGGAUGGUAUUUACAACAUCAUGCUGUAUAUCAGCUACACAAAUCAACAAAGGUUCGCAUCGUAUGGAAUUCUGCUGCCAAGUUCAAUGGCUUGUGUUUGAAUGAUGGAUUUUACAAAGGGCCAGAUUUCUUGAACUCUCUUCUGUAUUGCCUUCUUUACUGGAGAAUGAAAAGCAUAGGAAUUGCAGGCGAUGUUCAAAAAAUGUUUAAUCAAAUACUUAUGGCUGAAAAGGAUCAGAGAUAUCACCGGUUUGUAUGGCGUUUUGAUUUAUCUUCUCCAAUUCGUCACUGGCAGUGGCUGCGCCUUCCUUUUGGGGGUAAACCAGCACCAGACAUAGCUAUGAUGGCUGUACGCACUUUGGCAGAUACAUUCAAGGAGGAGGAACCUAUUGGAGCACAGUUAAUUAACUGUCGCAUGUACAUGGAUGAUGUGAUUGAAUCAUUUGAUAAGAGUGAAUUAGCUAUUGCGGCCAUGGAUCAGGUGGAUCGGAUAUUAGGAAAGGGCUCCUUCAGAAUAAAAGAAUGGCAUUCUAAUGACCCCUCUGUUGACCGAUGCCCAGAAGACAAGCAAACACGAGUUUUUGGGUCAUGUAUGGGAUAA